AUGACGGGAGGAUCGAAAUUCGAGGUCCCGAAAUUUGAUGGUCAUGGAAAUUUCGGAUUACGGCAGACGAGAGUAAAACAUUUAUUGGCGCAGCAAGGAAUUCAAAAAGGGCUGCGCGCAGAAAAGCCAAAGGGGAUGGAAGACGAUGAUUGGCAAGAUCUGCAGGAACGGGCGGCCGGGACGAUUCAGUUGUGCCUUGUAGAUGAAGUUAUGUAUCACGUUAUGCAUCUCAAAUCGGCGGAUGAGAUCUGGAAGAAACUGGAAUCGCAGUUUAUGUCAAAAACCCUAACGACAAAACUGUAUCUGAAGCAGAGGUUAUACGGGCUGAAGAUGCAGGAGGGGACCGAUUUAGGGCAACAUGUGAAUAUCUUCAAUCAGGUUGUCACGGAUUUGGCUUCACUUGAAGCCAAGAUUGAAGAUGAAGACAAGGCGAUGAUUUUACUGUGUUUGUUACCUCCUUCUUACGAACAUAUGGUGACUACCCUUACAUAUGGGAAAGAAACGAUCAAGACUGAGGAGAUUACUUCAGCGUUAUUGGCUCACAACCAGCAGAAACAGAAAUCUGGAGAGUCAUCUUCUCAAAGUGACAGUUUAUGUGUGAAGGGUAACCAGGAUCGUGGAAGGAAACAUGUGCGGGAAAAUUCAGGAAAUCGGAAAUUCAGAUCCAAGUCGCGAGACAAAUCGAAAGGGAGGAAAACUGUGACGUGUUAUAAGUGCAAGGAACAAGGGCACUUUAAACGGGAUUGCCCAAAGUGGAAGAAACAGACUGCUGAUAUGUCAUCCAUGUCUGCGAAUGUGGUACAAAAUGAGGAAUCCGAUUGCAGUGAUGGAGAUAUGUUAUCUAUUUCGACUACGCAGUAUGAUGAUGCUUGGAUUCUCGAUUUUGGAUGUUCAUAUCAUAUAAUGCCUAACAGAGAGUGGUUUGCUACUUAUAAACCAGACAACUCGGGUUCUGUUUUUCUUGGUGAUGAUAGAUGCUGUGGUAUUGUCGGUAUUGGAGAUGUCAAAAUCAAGAUGUAUGAUGGAACUGUUAGGACAUUAUGUGAUGUGAGACAUAUCCCUAAGUUGAAGAAGAAUUUGAUUUCUUUGGGUACUUUGCAUAGAAAUGGUUUCAUUCCCAAGGCUGAUGAGGAUAGGGAAACCAUUAAGAUUGUGAACGGUGCUUUGACUGUGAUGAAGGGGAGGAUCGCUGCAGGGAACAUUUACAAACUGUUGGGAAGUACAGUUGGAUACAAGUUUUCGGAUCCAGUUGAGAAGAAGACGGUGAUUAGUAGAGAUGCGGUGUUUGAUGAACAACCUAUGUUGGGAUCAGAUGCAGAUAAGGUACAGGUGGAGUUGGAACAUGUUCCAGCAGUUCUUGAUAAGGGAGAGAGUUCGAGUUCUGCACCUAAUGAUGUUGAUCAUGAUGUUUCUGGCCCAACUGAUGUGCCAGAGAGCUACAAGUUAGCUCGGGAUAGAGUGAGGCAUACCAAUAUACAAGCUCCGGUCAGGUUUGGUUAUGAAGAUAUGGUCGCAUUUGCUCUUACGAUCACUAGUGUGGAUCCUUGUACUUUCCAGGAGGCUGUUUCUUGUGAGAACAGUGAUAGAUGGAAGGCUGCCAUAGAACAAGAGAUGAAUUCUAUUGGCUACAAGCGUUGUGAUUUUGAUUGUUGUGUUUACACUAAGAGCCUUGGUGAUGGUUCUAUGAUUUUUCUGUUACUUUAUGUUGAUGACAUGCUUAUUGCUGCCAAGAAUAUGCGUGAUAUUAUUGAUCUGAAAAGCCUUUUGAGUCAGGAAUUUGAGAUGAAGGAUUUGGGGGCUGCGAAGAAGAUUCUUGGGAUGGAGAUUCACAGGGAUAGAGGAUCAAAGAAGUUGUGGUUAUCUCAGAAGGGUUAUGUGGAGAAGGUGCUACAGAGGUUUGGGAUGAAUGAAGCAAAACCGGUGAGCACUCCAUUAGCAAACGACUUCAAUCUUUCUGUUGAUCAGUGCCCCAAGUCGGACAACGAGACUCACGAUAUGGUGGAGAUACCUUAUGCCAGUGCUGUUAGAUGUCUGAUGUAUGCCAUGGUAUGUACUCGUCCUGAUUUGGCUCAUGCUGUUGGUCAAGUUUGCAAGUAUAUGUCAAGGCCGGGUAAACAGCAUUGGGAGGCAGUCAAAUGGAUUUUCAGAUAUUUGAAAGGUACUGCGGGACAUGGUAUUGUAUUUGGAGAUCAGCGGUUGGAUCCUUUGGUUGUAGGAUAUGUGGAUUCUGAUCAUGCUGGGGACUUGGAUAAUAGGAGAUCUACCACUUGCCACACCUUCACCGUAUUGCCGCCGGCAGGAAUCCUAAUCAGUAAAGUUGUUUACAUCAUCCUGCCAAGGCGAGGAACUGGCGGAGAUUUUUCAGUUAAGAGGCCGAGUGGUGGUUGUCACGGAGGUAUUCGCUAG